AUGGAGUAUCUCUCUCCUUCGGACAAUCCAAACAACCGCGAUAGUAUACCAUCUGAGGUAUUGCAACAAGCUCAUGACACGAAUGCUGCGCCAGAUACUCAAGGUGAUAGCGCUUGGGUAUCAAGGGGGGAAGAAAGUGAUAAUACUGGAACCGAAAGCGGCCAGCGCUCCCGUAAGAAACAAAGGAUCGAGACAAAUGAAUAUGGAGCGAUAAUUGAUACAUUACGGCAGGAAAUUGCCGAAGUGAAAGAAAGGUUGAGUUCGACGAGCAAUCAUUCCAAAAAUGCAGCUUACGAGCUGGGAAAAAAAUGCAUUGAGGCGAAACAAAUUGCAUCUACGUUGAAGAGAAAAUUGGCGGAACAUUCGCAUUGGUUACAGCGAGUUAGUAGUUUGAUGGAAACAGCACCACUUCUUGACUAUGCAUUAGGCACGAGUGGUGAACAAUCGGAGCAGGCGCAGAAAGAUUAUAAUUCGCAACAAAGUCUCGAGGUCCUCGGCAAGUGGAUAAAAGAUUCCAAGAAUAAGCCACAGCCUCGCUUCCUCUUAGAUGAACGUUUGCAUGCUGCACUUAUCGUUGCCCAAGACAAUGCAUCGCGACUUUUGCGUGAUGCAGCCAGAAAUUUGCAAUCCUUUCAGUUAUCAUUGGAAUUUGAGUCACACGGAUGGAAAAUUGCAACGGGAGUUCUCAUGACCGACAACAUAAGCUUUAGUUGCCAUCGCGUGCUUUCUACGGGCGUAAAUAACAAGACAAAAGAUGUUGCUAUGGCAUUCUGGAACUUUAUUGAGCACGAUGAAAUCUUCCGAACAUUUGUGCCGAUUGUGCAAGACUCGAUCAUCACCCAUCAGGAGACAGAUUGCUCGCUAUCAUGUCGAGUAUUACAAUUUUCACCCGAGAUGAAUCAGCAAGCAGUAGCAACUGUCGAGUCCAUCAGCUCGACCUGCGACAAAGACGGACAAGAGAACUCAUGGCAGAUUUCCAUGGAAGCAGUGCAUGAUCACUAUCUAUGCACUUUCGUAGCAGACGCAGUCGAUGAUUUGGUUAUACCGAAGACCGCCCCAUCUGUCAAACUUGAUCUCGGACUUCAAAUGAGCAAACUUAACAUGCAUAACAAGUUUAUCAUGGGUGUACGGGUAACUACAACAGAAGAGGGUGUUGACAUCUUGGUAGUCGGUGCGGCGCGGUUUGACCUUCCAUGCUAUCGAGACCCGGCAUUUGACUUGCUGCAGCACUUCGUAUCACAUCUGCCUGUGUACGAGGAUCUUCAUUUAACACCGCUCAACAGUAAUCAAGCAUCUGACGUACUGCCGUAA